AUCGUCUGCUCCUCGUUUUCUCUUCCUUCUUCAUUCUCCUCUUCUCCUCUUGUCUACCCCCCUACCGUGGUUUCUCUUCUCCUUUCAUACCCUUCCAGUGUAGCAGACAGAAUCAUCAAUCACAAUGGCUCAGGCGAUCCGCACUCCCAUCACCGAUCUUUUCAAGAUCAAGCACCCCAUCUUGCUGGCCGGCAUGAACGUCGCUGCCGGUCCCAAGCUGGCGGCUGCUGUCACCAACGCCGGCGGCAUGGGCGUCAUCGGCGGUGUCGGCUACACCCCAGAGAUGCUCAAGGAGCAGAUUGCCGAGCUCAAGAGCUACCUCAACGACAAGAACGCUCCCUUUGGCGUUGACCUGCUUAUUCCCCAGGUCGGUGGCAAUGCCCGUAAGACCAACUACGACUACACCAAGGGCAAGCUUAACGAGCUGACCGACAUCAUCAUCGAGUCCGGCGCCAAGCUGUUCGUCUCCGCUGUCGGUGUCCCCCCCAAGGCCAUCGUCGACAAGCUGCACAAGCAUGGCAUCCUGUACAUGAACAUGAUCGGCCACGUCAAGCACGUCCAGAAGUGCAUUGACGUCGGCGUCGACAUCAUCUGCGCCCAGGGCGGUGAGGGCGGUGGCCACACCGGUGAUAUCCCCACCACGGUCCUGAUCCCCGCCGUCGUCGAGAUCUGCAACAAGCACAAGUCGCCCCUGACUGGCGGCCCUGUCCAGGUCAUCGCCGCCGGUGGCAUCCACAACGGCCAGCUGCUGGCCGCUGCCCUCAUGAUGGGCGCUGGCGCCGUCUGGGUCGGCACCCGCUUCAUCCUGACCGACGAGGCUGGCGCCCCCAAGUCGCACAAGGAGGCCGUCCGCACCGCUGGCCACGACGACAACAUCCGCACCAUCAUCUUCACCGGCCGCCCCAUGCGUGUCCGCAACAACUCUUACAUCAACGACUGGGAGACCAACCGCCAGCAGGAGAUGAAGGAGCUCGCCUCCAAGGGUGUCAUCCCCUACGAGGCCGACCUGGACAAGGUCCUCAACGGCGGCGAGAAGCCCAAGAUUGAGGGCGUCCAGCCCGAGGUCGACGAGGACGAUGACCCUCUCGAGCAGUUCCGCCCCUUCCUCAUGGGCAAGGCUGCCGCCGUUGUCAAUGAGCAGAAGCCCGCCAAGGCCGUCGUGGAUGAGUUCAUUACCGAUGCCGUUGCUUGGCUGAAAAAGGGCAACUCAAUGCUUGUUGGUCCUUCAUCCAAGCUGUAAAAAACUCAAAAAACGAAAUGCUCUUUUCCUUAUUUUUCCUUCGGUCUUAUUUCACGAAGCCCUGUCAUAUCUCCUUAAUGUUUUCAUGCCACGCCGCAUCAUGUAGACUAUUCAGCAUAUAAAUGUUCAUAAUUAGCCUAUAUGUACCAAACAAAGAAAAUAAAACUUCUAAAAAUAUC